CUAUUUUUGUCACUUUGUUAUUGUCUAGUUUUCUCAUACUCGUUCGGUAUUCGGUGUUUAAUAUUUUAUUUACCUGAUAAACAUUUGAUAAAUAAAUAAAUAAAUCUAUAAUAAUGGAUGUCAAAUCAGAUUUUGAUACAAAACUGGUAGAGAUGGUGCGCGCAAAUCCACUGCUCUAUGAAAAGGAAGUGCGUAGCACACCGUACGAUCUGAUGAAGAAAAAAACUGAACUCUGGCGUAGCAUUGCAUCCUCUUUAAAUGUUGAAACCAAAUUCUGUGUAAUACGCUGGAAGAAUCUGCGCGAUAAAUAUCGACGUGAGUCGCAAAAGACACAGGAGCUUGAACGCAAAGCUGGUGGCAUAAAAAGCGCACAAGGCGCUACCUGGCAUUUAUUAGAUAAAAUGAGUUUCCUCGACCACCACAUAAGAGUGCAUAGCUCAAACAGCACAAAAAGUGCCGCAGAAAAUAUACGCACCAGUUGGAGUGAAAUGGAUGCUGAGCAACUAAUUGAGCAAUUACCAAAUGAUGAUGAUCCCCUGCAAGAGGCCAUGGAAGAGCAAGCUGUCGUCGCUGUAGAGACAAAGAAGCCAGAUCCUUUAGUGAGUACAGCAACAACAAAUACAUCAUGUUUAAAGCGCAUCGAAACAUUGCUAGAGGGUUUGGAUGAAGAUAAUCGCACAAAAGCUGAAAAGCGUGUUGUCGCGUAUCUUUGUAAGUGUCAACUCAAGUUUUUGGAAAAUGAGAGUAUCGAUGAUAUAGUCAUCUAACGUAGCUACUGUAGAUGUAAGCAUAUUGCUGCUGGUGUUUUAAGUGUUAUUUUAAUUCUUACAUUUAAUAGUUUUGAAUAUAAGUGAAGUGCAUUGUUGUGCUUUUAAUUAAUAUUACUGUCUGAUUAUAGCGUUGUUUUGAACAAAAAAAUAUUUGGUAACAAAACUAAUUUACUCAAAGUCACAAUUCAAAGUUUAAUUUUAUUAAUAUGCAUUAUAGAAUUAAGCCAGUAAAUAACACUACCUCGCCAUUAUUUGUAUUGAUUAAUUGUAUAUUACACUUACGUAGCGUGUACAAACAUAUUUUUUUUGUCAAAUCAAAUAAUAAAACGCACAAAUAUGCAAGCUA